UAAAUUUGAUCGAUGUAAGCAAAUAAAAACGAGCACUUCGUUUACAUUGUCAGUCAAAAUGUUUUCGCGUGUGGUUGAUAUUUUUAACAGGCCGGUUGCAGAUCCUGUGUUUUCAAACAAUCUGCCGUUUGUAUCGUCGCCAUGGCCAAUUAUACUGAUCUUGGGAACCUACUUAACGUUGCUUAAGGUCGGAAAGAAGUGGAUGGAGCAUCGUAAGCCUUACGAUUUGAAGAAAAUAAUACUCGCCUACAAUAUCUUUCAAAUCGUGUAUAAUGCGACUUUGUUUUAUUAUGUAAUCUUUCACUUGCUAUUCUCGGUAUACGACUUGCAAUGCAUGGAGACUUUGCCAUUCGAUCAUCCAUCGAAAAAUUUAGAGCGAACUUUGUCAUAUGCUUACCUUAUCAACAAGUUAAUUGAUCUGGUGGAGACGAUAUUUUUUGUGCUGCGAAAGAGCAACAAACAAAUCACAUUCCUACAUGUUUAUCACCACCUGCUAAUGGUAUCUAUGUCUUAUUUGGUUUUACGUUUCUACGGCACCGGAUCGCAAUUCUCCUUAAUGGGCGCUCUCAACACUUUCGUGCAUACUGUGAUGUAUUUCUAUUACUUUAUAUCGGCAUGGAAUCCCAAUAUGAAGAGCAGUGUCUGGUGGAAAAAGUAUAUCACAUUAAUCCAACUUGUUCAGUUUUCCAUAUGUUUUGCGCAAUCUACUUUCAUGUUGCUAUUCAAACAGGACUGCAAGUUUCCAUUAAUCUUGCAAUACUUACAGUUAACCCAAGCGAUUGUUAUGAUAUAUAUGUUUUCUAACUUUUAUCUUAAAGCCUAUGUAAAACCGAAACAACAACAGAAGAUUAUGUAAAGUUGCAUGCGUACACUAAUAAAGUAUUGAAUCAAUGAUCAAUCUUAAAUAAAUGAAAUCAAUUUUCA